AUGUGUCCCCCCGUUCGUGCGUUCGUUCGUUCGUUUGUUCGAUUGACCGUUUUGUGGUUGUUGGUUUUCCUGCCAAGACAAGGCAAGUCAGGUUCUUCUCUUGGAUAUUGAAAGUAGUUAACUACGCGGAGUGGAGCACGACGACGGCGAAAGCGGUGUGUGGAAACGGGACGGCAAAAAAAGUAUUGUGUGCGGUGUGCGCGGAAGUGAGACAGAGAGGCAAAUAAGUAAAGAGAUGAAGAACGAGAUUGAUUAGCGGAUCCCCGUCGUAGUCGUCGCGCGGCCAGGCAGUUUGACCUUUUCGAGUGGAGUUUUUUUUAUUUUCCGCCGUCAAUUGAAGUGUUUACUGCGCGCUUCGGAAUCUUCCGGGCACACUUUCGUUGGGGUCAUUUUUGGGAAAACGGUGCCCCCGCGCGAGAUUGGUUGUUGCGGUUGCGGAAAUUGACAGACAAUAGCCACCACCGUCGGUUCUGGAAGUGGUGGUGAGGUGAGAGUUCGGAGAAGGAAAGAGCGAAAUCAUUUUCCUCGUCGCCAGUGUUCUUUUUUUUUGUUUUCGGGACUACACACGAAAGACGUCCGAAACUUGGAGAAGAAAUCAGACCGCCGUGGCGCCGUGUGUCGUUGGGAGUCGGAAAAGUGGCCAAUGUGUGUGAGUUUUCAUUGAAAAGAAAUUAAAUUGGAUGUCAGAAACGCAUCUUGAACAUAAUUUUUUUUCCAAUCGAAAAAAGGUGUCAGUGUUACGGUAUUUUCGUUUGUCGUCCAUCCAAUUCGCAUUCGGGUUUCGGAAGAAGGCAAUGAGCAGAAGAAGUGGUGUUGUUUGACGUUUGUACGAAGACCACAGCAUCAGCAAUAACACAAUCAUCUCAGUUUUUUACAAAACGAUAGAUUGAGGCCUGUCACUGUUGUAAUGUGCGUGAUUUGACGUUCCGCUUUGAUGCGAGUUUCUGCGUGCCGAAAGAGUUAAUAGAUUUUUUUUUAACAUCGCUAUCCUAAACGUGUUCUGGCUGGAUUUAUCUGUGUGUAAGUGGUCUUGUGUGUUCGUGUUCGUCGCGCUGAAGAAGAACAAUAACAACAACGAGUAAUAUCAACAAUAACAACAGAAAUCACGACAGUAGCUCUCGUCGUGUAGCAGGAAGAAGAAGUAAACAAAAUAAUCAUUGAAGAUAAAUUUUAUAAUACCGACACACAUCGGGAAAGGAGCGCCCACCUAGAAGCAGAGGAGGACCGAUCCGGGGCCACUACCUACUUGUGGUCGUGUUGAUUGUAUUCAUGUAAAGUGGAACUCAUAACGCACAUCCAGCAACUGUCACCGGUACACGUGCCACAAGCAAGCACUAAUCAAAACGGAAGUCACUUGCAAAUCGCAACUUCCUAACAAAAACCAGCAAAACCCCCCGCAAGAAAUACUCGACGCUUAGCCCGAUGAAAAGCCAAAGAAGUCCUACUCAGAAGAAAUUAAUAAUCAUAUUUUAAUUCAAUCAACGUCGGCUGCCGUCGCCGUCAGCGCCGGGUGAGAUUAAGAAUAGAAAGAGAGAAUAGUACGCCGCCGCGGUUCAGCCAAGGGGGUGGCAUUUAAUUCGUUUUUAAUUUGUUGCGUCAACGACGGUGGUGAUUUUAAACCGAAGGUAUUGUGUGUUUAAAGUGCUGAGCGCUAGUGAAGAGCCUAAUGAGUUCAUCAGCCAGCGGCAGCAGCAGCAGAAGAGACGCCAAUCAAUGAAGUUUGACGACGAGAAGAUUGCUACCGAUAGUGAAGUCAUGUCCAGUGACGUUAGAUGGACAGAUGAACCCUGCUGCGCAAGUGGCGGUCGCCGUCGAAAAAGUGCCAAAUGUAGUAGUCAUCGCAUGUCACGGAAGGUCGGCGAAGGGGAAGAAGCACCGAUGACACCGACAGUAGUAGCAUUCCAGUCCUGCCCAUUGCCGGCGAUGCCGGGCGCUACGGCAACAGUGUCGGUGGCGUUGUUAUCGCCGCCCGGUGGUAGGAGCUACAGUGAGAGCAGUGAUUCGGAGCAGGAGGGCAGGAGCAGUAGCAGGCCUUCGUCGUCGUCGUCGUCAGCCCGGUGGCAUCGAUAUCCGCUGGCGGUAGUGUUGUACAUAGUAGGAGUAGUGUUAGUAGGUGCAAUUUCCACGGUUCACUGUGAUGCAGUUGGUAGCAGUAGUAGUGUUAAUAGUAAUAGCAGUAAUCAAAGUGAUAUCGCAGGGCAGCAGCUAGCUAGUGCAAACUCGUUGGAACUGGAUCCGUUCGAACGCGCGGGGAUCAGUGGGAGUGCGUACGAGGAUCACUACGAGGGCAGCGGACACUACACACAUCAAUGGGCGGUGCACAUUCCGGAGGGCGGCCAGGAAACGGCCGAGCAGGUGGCCGACGAGCACGGGUUCAUCAAUCAGGGCAAGAUCUUCGACGGGUUCUAUCACUUCGAGCACCGGCACGUGCAGAAGCGAUCCCUAAAUCCUUCGGCGCAUCACCAACGGCGGUUGGACGGGGAUGAUCGGGUACGAUGGGCGAAACAGCAACGCGCCAAACGGCGCCAGAAGCGAGAUUUUCGACCGCUGAAAAGCCCCUACACGAUACAGCUGAACGAUCCCAAGUGGCCCGAGAUGUGGUACCUGAAUCGAGGAAAUGGCCUAGACAUGAAUGUGAUACCAGCCUGGAAGGAGGGAGUGACGGGGAAGGGCGUAGUGGUUACGAUCCUGGAUGAUGGUCUGGAGUCCGACCAUCCCGACCUGGAGCAUAAUUACGACCCAAAGGCAUCGUACGACGUGAACGGAAACGACGGCGAUCCCAUGCCGCACUACGACCUGACGGACUCGAACCGGCACGGGACCCGGUGUGCCGGUGAGGUCGCCGCCACGGCCAACAAUUCCAAGUGCGCCGUAGGCAUCGCGUACGGCGCUCGGGUCGGCGGGGUCCGGAUGCUCGACGGCGACGUCACCGAUGUGGUGGAAGCGAAAUCGCUGGGACUGAAUUCGCAACAUAUCGACAUCUACAGUGCCUCGUGGGGACCGGACGAUGAUGGGAAAACCGUCGACGGACCGGGUGAUAUGGCAACGCGGGCUUUCAUCGAAGGUGUCCGGAAGGGACGCGGUGGCAAGGGGUCGAUUUUUAUUUGGGCCUCGGGCAACGGUGGCCGGGAGCACGAUAACUGCAACUGUGAUGGGUACACAAAUUCCAUUUGGACCCUGUCGAUAUCGAGUGCCUCACAGGAGGGAUUGGUGCCUUGGUUCUCGGAAAUGUGCAGCUCCACUCUGGCGACCACUUAUAGCAGCGGGAAUACCAACGAAAAACAGGUGAUCACAACGGAUUUACAUCACUCCUGUACGACGUCCCACACGGGAACGUCUGCUUCGGCUCCAUUGGCAGCCGGCAUAGCCGCUCUAGUCCUGGAGGCAAAUCCUAACCUGACAUGGCGAGAUCUGCAGCACAUCGUUGUUCGUACGGCGAAACCGGGCAAUCUGAAGGAUCCAACGUGGUCAAAAAACGGUGUCGGUCGGCGGGUGUCGCACUCGUUUGGCUACGGCCUGAUGGAUGCCGCUGCGAUGGUCAAACUGGCACGUACGUGGCGAACCGUCCCGGAGCAGCAAAUCUGCGAAAUCAACGCACCCCAUCUGGACAAGCAAAUUCCACCGCGCACCAAAGUCACCCUACAGCUGAUGGUGGCACACUGCAAGGGCGUCAACUAUCUGGAGCACGUACAAGCCAAAAUCACGCUGACCUCCCAACGGCGUGGCGAUAUUCAAAUAUUCCUGACCUCUCCGUCCGGUACCCGGGUCACACUGCUGACACCUAGAUCUAACGAUUUAUCUCGUUCCGGUUUCAAUCAAUGGCCUUUCAUGUCGGUGCACACGUGGGGCGAAGCGCCGCACGGGACCUGGCAGCUGGAGAUCCACAACGAAGGUCGUCUAUUAGGAUACUCGCUGAUUCGCAGUUGGUCGUUGAUUCUGUACGGUUCCAGCAGUGCACCGGAUCCUAACGAUCCACCCAACGUGCCACGAGUACUGUCCACUCUUCCGCCCCCACUGCCGCCCAUCAUUCCAGCGUCCGGCUACAGUGCUUACUCCGUGGGUAGUUCGAAGAAUUUCUACUCAACCGGUGGCGGUGGCGCUGGCGGCAGCAGCAGCAGCCUUGGCAAACCGAACCGCAAGCAACAGCUACAGUAUGCGACCUACACACCGGCGGCGUCGCAGUUCGGAAUGACCCCCGCCUACCAGACGCCACCUGCAGCGACACCCUCUCGCAAGAACAAGAACAAAAACAAAUCCAACAAAAAUUCUUCCAAGACCACGACAGCCCGACCAAACGGUCAAACUACGUUGAGCGUCUUCGUGAAUUCAUACGGUAAAAAGUUCGAUUACAACAGCGGAAACAGAAAAAACCAGACCCCGAGGCCGAAGCCAUCUACUUCGCAAAACUCCAACUACAACCGCAACGAAAAGUUCAACGCGGCGUCCUCCAGUAUCUCCGAGAAGCAGGUCGCCAUCAAAGCUCCCAAACAGGUCAAGGAUAGCAAUUCGCAAACCCCAUCGAGGGCAUCGUCUCGCAAACCGAUCUCGAGCGGCACCUCGACUACCAACCUUCCGUCGUCGCCGGUGACCGCCAGCAGUAGCACCGGAACCACCAGCCUUACCACGCAGAGUCCGCUCUUGAACGAGCGCUUCUCCACCACCAACGGCCGUAUCCCGAUGCUUUUCCAACAGUACGAAAAGAUCCAGCAAUUCUAUCCGGAGCUGAAACCGUACUCUUCGAUCCGGGACGAUCUGGAUCGACCCCAAUCAAGCGGCGUUAAUGGUGGCAGUUUGUCCUCGUCCUCGUCGAAUCCAAGUUCCGUCGUUACCAAUGGGAAACCCUCGCGGGCCAAUACGAAGAUAUUCUUUCCCGAUACGGACAUCAUCGAUGCGAUUGGACCGCGGAAGAUUUCCUCCAGCCUGCAGUCGGUUCAACCGUUCUACGGACGAACGCAGAGCUCGCAGUUUGUGUCCAGCGGGUCCAAGAGUGGAAAUGCUCAAAUAACGCAGUGGAACAUGAUAUUCUACGGCACGGAGACGCCGGCCCAACCGGACGAUCCGGUGCGGCUGGGAAAGCCCGGAUUCAGCGAUAGCAACUACGGUGGUGAAAUCGAGCACAACUCGCUGGAUUUCGACAACGGCAUCACCAGCGACCAGUGGAGGAAUAUGCAGCAGAUCGGCGAAAGCCACGUGGACGUCCAGCGAACGGCCUCGAGCGACGUGACGGCAUCGGUUUGCGCCAAAUACUCGGGCGCACUCUGCAUAGAUUGUGGUCCAUCUUCCUAUUGGUACAAAGAUCGCUGCUACAGUACGUGUCCGGACUCGACCUUCCCCUCGGACUCGGACCCCAGCCGAAAUCCAAACAUCGACGAUUCGGAAAGUGCCAUCAUCGAGCAGCAACCACUGCCGAAAGGUUCAUUACGACGCAGUGCUGCAGCUAUCGGUUUCCGAUUGGCCGACAUCAACGGUGAUGGUUCCAACAAUUUGGACGACGACAUUCUGCUACAGGCAGUGCCCUCACCACAAGAACGUGACACUCAACCUCAUGAUCAGCGGCGCCAGUGCAACCAGUGUCAUCCAACGUGCCUCAAGUGCGUCGGUCCGGACGAAUUCCACUGCAUCGAGUGUCAGCCUUUAUUUGCCUUCGUCGACGACAAUGAUGCCGAUGUGCAUCCACCGGCUCCCUUCGAGGCACACCGGCGACGUUGCGUUUCCAUCAACGGAAAACAACGCCACGGUGGACCGAGCGGAACAAAUAAAUCCUCGCCUAAUGCCACAUUAUCCGACCCGGCCGAUAGCCAAAAGCUUGAUAAGAGCUGGCAAUCGACCGACUACCUCAUUAUGAUAACCGUCGUCGGAGCGACACUGCUGGUCGCCUUUGUGGUCAUCUAUCUGCUGUGGAGGCGCUGCUUUCGGGGUAUCCUGCUGGGCAAUGGCAUUGGUGGAGGCGUCGGCGGUGCCGAUUACCAGCACUACAAUCGGGUGCAAACAGAAGAAGCCAACGUCGGCAAUGAACCGUCCUACGCCGAACUGGUACGGGACGAGAUUGAUGAUAUUCUGGACGAGAGCUCCAGCGACGAGUCGAGCAAUUUCAUGCCAACCCGAAUCAUUGCACCGCUGGAGAGAUAGAGGCGACCAUGUGGUCAUUAACUACUAGGUACUGGUACUGGUCGCAGGCGCUGAUUUCAUUUCAAACGCUGCGUACCAAAUGGUGCCGAUCAAAUGGGUAGCUGUUUAAUUGUGUUUAAUAGUCACAGAUGAAAAUGCGAUACAAAAAGGAUGAAUGAGCGCAAUUUUCAACGGAACCAGUGGAACUUUGUAUUUUAAUCGAGUAGGGUUAGCUAAUGAACAAAGUGUUAAGAAU